AUGUUUGGCCGACGUGUCUUUGCGAGCGCACCGCUCCCGCGUUAUAUGUGGACGAAGAUGCACAUUCAGAACGCGGCCCAGGCGGGGCGCAUGCUGCCGUCUUUCGCCCCCUUGGUCUCCUCGCUGAGUCGCAGCACCAACGUCUUGAACAGCCAGGCGCUCACGCAGGCGCGUGACGGCAUGGCAUCAGUGUCGGGCGCUGCGUCGACGGAUGACCUCCUCUCUCUUCGCUGCUUCUCCGGAUCACUCAUGACGGUGAAUCCCAUCGUCUUCGGAGCGGUACGGUUUUCAAUAUUGGUCAAUAUGCCUCUCGUCAGCUUUCUAGAGUUCUGCAAAGAUGAAGAAAUGAAACACGUAUCGUGA